AUGUGUUUCCUCGGCACCAAAAAACCUCCCAGGAAACAUCCAAAGCCUCAGCCUCCAGCAAAAAUCAUCUGUCCCUUCCAAUCCCAGCCCGGAAACCGGACUUCGAAAUUACCCCAUCACGUCCACUUCCCCCCUCCUCCUCCUCCUCCUCCUUCAAACCCAACCCCAAAACCGACGUUCUUCCUCAGCAAACCAAAGCAGAAACCCAAGCCCAAACCCAAGAAACAGGAAAUGAUCCCCUACGUUCCUGUCCACGCCUACGGUUUCCCCGUCCCUCCUCUUCCCCCACCGACGAAUCACGGCCAAAUCGCCAUCUGGAAUUACAACGACUACACCUCGUUCGAGCAAUCGCUCGAAUUGUCGCGGUAUAGAGAGAGAGAACGAGUAGCGAAGGAAGAGAGGGAGAGGAAGGUGGUGGAGGAGAGGCAGGGGAGGGAGUGGGGUGAGUUGGAGCGGUUUCGGGAGAGGCAGUGGAGGCGGGAUGAUGCGUUUCAGGGGCUGAUGAUGGAGAGUUUGAGGGAGAGGAUUAAGGUGGGGGAGAAGGGGGAGAAGGAUGGUGGUGGAGCGGGUGGCGAGUGGAAGAAGGAGGUUGGGGGUUUGAGGAAGGAGGUUGAGGAGAUGAAGAGGGAGAGGGAGAUGGGGGAUACGGUUGCGGUUGCUAAGGCGAGGGCGGAGGCUUUUAAGGAGGCUAGGGAGGAAGAGAAAGCCAAGAAAGAGAAGGAAAGCUUUGGUUGGGGAGAUCGUGAUAACAGGGAGAGGGAGUAUGGACGAUAUAGUAGGGAGCAGGAUGGCUUUGACUGGGAUAGAGGUCGAGGUGACUGGAACCAGAAAGAUAGAGGCAAGAAAGCACUCGAGGACCGAUUCGACGACAUCGAGAUCUUUGGACGAGGAAUGGCACUUGGCAGACAAGAAGCUCAACCAUUGCCAACACCAGCCAGGAGACCUCUGCUUGGAGAACGACGGGGUGGAUUUGGAUACGGUGGAGAGUUUCACUACAAGGAGGAUUCAUACGAGGGCUACGAAUACAGCCACGGUAUGCCUUGGCAUCAGCCUCAUCUUUCAGAAAGAAGAGAUCCUCUUCGAAGAGGGGCUUGUCCUGGUACGGAGGGAUUGCGUGAUGGGAUAAAAGGUGUCCAGAGCAGUCUCGGUAGAUUUGAAGACAGAUUUCGGCUUGAGGAUGCAAAGAGAGGAAUUGAGAAGGACUUCAGACAACAGUAUGCUUUUGAUAGAUUGGCUGAUACGGUAGGACAGAUGAAUAGGAGACUUGGGUGUUGA